AUGGCUUAUCAUUCCACAGAGAAUAAUUUCAAAUGGUUAUCACCAUUUAAUGAUCAUAAUAAGUUAGCAAUAUUAUGUACUGAGGAUAAUCGACAAUUAAUUAUGCAUCGUUCUGGAAUACCUUUGCUCCAACGUUUAUUUCAACAUCAAGCAUUAUGUUGGCCUGAAAUUGAACGUCACGUACCAUCACGUCAUAUUGCUUUAGUAUGGUUUAUGCAAGCAUUACAAUACUGUGAAGUGAAUCAUGUUUUAAAUUGGAAGAAACCUGGAAUUCAAUAUAAUCGAACAUUUCAAAUAUUAAUUACACGAGCUGCUUUUGCUUUGGUAUGUCAACAAACUAAUGAUAUUGCCCUUUAUGGGUUAAUGAAAUAUGCAGAUUUAUUUAGGAUGCUUUUUGAAGAUAAUAAUAACGAUCGCAGCACUAUCUGCCAACAAAUACGAAAUACAAAUAAAGAUUUAUUUCAACGUUGUCAUGCAGAUAAACCAGGUGAUAAGCUACGUCUUCUCAGUAAGAUGUGUUCCGGACAUUCAACAGUACGAUUGAUUCGAAUGAUUGCAUUUUUUCAACGUUUUGCUAGUGAUUGUAAUACAUUGCAUGAUUUUAUCAUUAAUAUAUUACCACAAUAUUCAUCAUUUGGUGAAGCACUCUCUAAUGAUAUAUAUUUUAUGAAUUUAUUAAGCAAUUAUCUCAUAUCAACAAUUAACAGUGAUAGCCGAUUGCAGGAAAUUAUUUUGAAAACACGCUUCCAUCUUCAACUUUUCAGUAUUACAGCUGUCAAAUUACAACGUCAACUCGAUGAAGCUAAUAUGUUAGCUAGCAUAACUUAUUGA